AUGGCAGUUGCCAAUAUUACUCAAGAUCCAAAAGUUGAGUCUGGAAUGACGAAACCAUCAACAACAAGAAAAAAACAUAUUAGAGAAGAACCAAUUACAUGGGAGAAUUGGUAUAAGCACAUUAAUUGGCUGCAUACGCCAUUGCUUACCUCUUUACCACUUAUUUCAAUAUAUGGCUUCUAUACUACUGAAAUUCAAAGUAAAACUGCAAUAUGGGCCAUCAUAUAUUACUUUAUUACUGGUUUAGGAAUCACAGCAGGUUAUCAUAGAUUAUGGUCUCAUCGGGCAUAUAAAGCAGCUCGUGCAUUUGAAAUAUUUCUCAUUUUUGCGGCAUCUGGAGCGGUAGAAGGUUCAAUUCGAUGGUGGUGUCGAGAUCAUCGAGCUCAUCAUAGGUGGACCGAUACUGAAUCUGAUCCUUAUAGUGCACAUAAAGGACUUUUUUAUUCUCAUAUAGGAUGGAUGUUAUUAAAACAAAAUCCCAAUCGUAUAGGAAAAUCCGAUAUUUCAGAUCUUGAUGCUGAUCCAUUAAAAAGAUUACAACAUAGACAUUAUGGUAUUUUCGCGAUUGGUAUGGGAUUUGUUUUUCCAUCUUUAAUAGCUGGUCUUGGAUGGGGUGACUGGAGGGGAGGAUUCUUUUUUGCUGGAGUUACUCGCUUAAUUUUCGUUCAUCACGCAACAUUUUGUGUCAAUUCAUUAGCUCAUUAUUUAGGAGAUACGCCAUUUGAUGACCGUCAUACUCCUCGAGAUCAUUUUGUUACAGCUAUUUUAAGUUUAGGUGAAGGAUAUCAUAAUUUUCAUCAUGAAUUUCCUAUGGAUUAUCGAAAUGCUAUAAAACAUUAUCAAUACGAUCCAACCAAAUGGUUAAUUAAAGUCCUUUCAUAUUUCGGAAUUACAUAUGGCUUAAAGAAAUUUCCAGAAAAUGAAAUUAAAAAAGGAAUAAUAAUGAUGAAAGAGAAGAAAUUGAAUGAUGAGAGAAGUAAAUUGGAUUGGGAAAAUGCCAAAGAAAAUAAUUGGAUUUGUAUCGAAGGAAUUAUUCACGACGUUACAAAUUUCAUGGACGAACAUCCAGGAGGUAAAUCAUUAUUGAUCACCUCGAUAGGAAAAGAUAUGUCCUCAGCUUUUAAUGGAGGAGUUUAUGAUCAUUCUAAUGCUGCAAGAAAUUUAAUGAGUUCUAUUCGUGUUGGUGUUAUAUCAGUUAUACACACUGAAAAUACUGAAUAUCACGAUGCUGAUUAUUCUACUUUUCUUAAAACAUGA